AAUAAAUUAUCAUCAGCCGAACGUAUCUUAAAAUAGUACGAAAGUUACGAUAUCGAGCAUCGUACUUGAACUGUGUGAUAUUAAUACAUUACAGAGGUGUAUAUAAUUUUUUUUUCUUUUUUUUUGUGUUCUCUAUGGGAGGGUAAAUUCGCCAGAACCCUUCGACACGUGCGCGAGCGUGGGCGCGUGCGAGCGCGACGCCACGUCGUGUGCCGGUAGUUCCUUCUCUGAAACCGGCUCUCGACGCGCCUUCAGUCGCGUUCCGCGCGCCGUACGAGCGGGUGUGUUUUUGCUCUUGCAUUUUGCUCUCCGUUAGAGAUCAUUCUAUUCUUUACUCAUCCGUCUAUUCGAAAGAUACGUUCGACGGGAAUGUGACGUAACCGGAAGUUUGAGCCUAAACCGACAAACCUACAUAAUACGAAAUAAAUAAGCAUAAAACGAGCCGUCGAAUAAUCGUCAACGAAACUAGUAUCCAGCGAAUCGGAAGUAAAAAUCGGAGCUAUAAUUCUUCUAUGUGGCAGAUUUUUGGAGUGAAAAAAUAUCGUAGCUGAGCUCUUGGCGAACAUACACAUACAACGAGAUGGCUUGAGCUGAUGAGACCCACGGAUAUAUCUUGUUAUUUUGAACAUGUUUCAAUCGAGUCGUUUGAUUAUUCCUGGUGUACCGAGUGAGUCGCGAAAUAACAAAUACGGGAUACGGUGAAACUUUUUAAGCUCUUAUAAUUGCUUCAUCAGGAGAACUUGCAACAAGCAAAAAUCAAAACUAUUGUGGAAAUAGCGGUGUUUCGCGGAGUGAAAGAAUCGCGCCGUCAAUAGAGAUGAAAUCGGUCGAAUCGAACUUAUGACUAUUGCAUGGCAAACUUGCAAAGUGAAAAUCUGAGCGGUGGAUGUUAUUGAUCAAUACAAACAUGUUCGGAAACGCGAAUCAAGUGCGAUCAAGCGAAUGUAAUCAGACGGCCGACCAAGGAUUGAGGAACUUCACCGACGAACUCUGUGAAGCACUACUGGAUUACAUCAAUGUCACGUCACAACCGGAUGUCAAUAUAACGGAAGAAAUUGACUCGUUUUACUUCUACGAGACGGAACAAUUCGCAGUACUAUGGCUGUUAUUUGCGGUAAUAGUCGCCGGCAAUAUUGCUGUUCUCGCCGGACUUCUGCUGGGAAAACGCAGAAAAUCUCGAAUGGAUUUUUUCAUCAAACAAUUAGCAUUUGCGGAUCUACUAGUUGGCCUAAUAUCCGUACUGACAGACAUAAUCUGGAGAACGACGGUCACGUGGUACGCGGGAAAUGUAGCUUGCAAGCUGAUAAGGUUUAUGCAGGCCGUAGUGACCUACAGCUCAACUUAUGUCCUUGUGGCUUUGUCAAUCGACAGAUACGACGCCAUCACUCGCCCGAUGAAUUUCUCGGGCAGCUGGUGGAGAGCUCGAGUUUUGGUAAUUACGGCUUGGGCUCUAUCAGCGUUAUUCAGUAUGCCAAUGAUAUUUCUAUACGAAGAGAAACGAAUACAGGGUACGACACAGUGCUGGAUCGAUUUGGGUUCCCCGACCCAAUGGAAGAUCUACAUGAGUCUAGUGAGUUUCAGCCUCUUUAUAGCGCCCACCCUGAUAAUAGGAGGCUGUUACACAGUCAUCGUGGUUACAAUAUGGUCGCAAGGAGCAGCGUUACGUCAAGGACCGACUAGAGAUACUCGAAGGGCGUCUUCGAGAGGUCUCAUUCCCAGGGCGAAAAUCAAAACCGUUAAGAUGACUUUCGUAAUAGUUUUCGUGUUUAUCCUUUGCUGGAGUCCAUACAUAGUCUUCGAUCUUCUUCAAGUUUAUGGACAUGUACCACAAACUCAAACGAAUAUCGCAAUCGCCAGUUUCAUACAAAGUUUGACGCCGCUCAAUUCAGCCGCUAACCCAAUCAUUUAUUGUCUGUUCAGUACUCCGUUUUGUAAAACUGUACGGAACAUGCAGGCAAUCUCUUGGAUUUCGAGUUGGUGCCCGACAAAUUCACAUCACUGCUUCGGUAUCGGAGCAACGAAUAAUAGUACAAGAACGACCGUGACAACAUCUCUGACGGCUCAAUCCUCUCGCAGAAGUGGGCACUUUACUAUGUUACAUUCUACGUCGCGGAAACGCGUCAUGGUCUCUCUGGUUUAAAGUCACGAUAUCUGAGAUGUGGUCGCAUUAAUUUCUUUGCAGAUUUAUAUUUUACGUCGGAAGAUUUUUAAUAAUUUUACUUGCCUACACUAACGAUUGAUUGUUACAAAAAGAACAUAACUCAUUUUUCUUAC